GUUUAAAUUCCCUUCAACUCAGAAUCAGAUGAAGCUGCGCAAGUUGCUUCAGACCAAGGCGUACGAGCCAUGGCGCGAAAAGUACGCGUCGUAUCACAAACUCAAACGAACGCUCGCAAGGCUCAAGGUCGAACUGCACGACGCCGUCGAGGCCUACUUUGCCAACGCGGACAAGACGGAGGAUGACUUGACGACGACGAGCAACUCAAAGUACUCUGACGCAGAGUCUGCAUCGUCAUCCUCAGACCUCGUCGGCAGAGAUGUGCGCGACGACACCAUUGCCAUGACCAGCGUGCAAUCCGACCAGCGCGCCUCGACGACUGCGCCCAAACGCCGGUUUGGCCAACUCAAGCGUCUCAACCCACGGCUACUCCUCGCUCGAUAUCACUUGCCAAAGGAAGCGACCUUGCUCGAAGAAGAGCCGGAUUUCGCGCCCGAGCUCAUCCAAGCGGACAACCUUCCGCUGAUGCAGAUUGCUCAAGCGACCGAGAAGGACGUAGUCGCUAUUCUCGAGAGCGACGUCAAAAAAGUCAACGAUUUCUUCAAACUCAAGCUGACUGGAAUCAAUCAAGAAAUGCUCCGCAUUCGACAGUUGUGCAAAGCCUCAAAUCCAUCAUCAGCAGCAGCAGCAGUUGGUUUGGCCACAUCUGCCGCUGCUGACGACACGCCCGACGACUUUGCACUGUCUCAGUCGCGCUCAAACCGCUCUUACGCGACCUUUUCUGCAGGAGGAGGCGCACGCACGCUGCCCGAGCAGCCACUGUCUGAUUCGGUCGACGACGGACUUCGGGCGGCCAGCAGCCAACAGACUGCCGAUCUCAUCAUUGCGCUCUAUCGCGACGUUCUGCGCCUUCGCGGAUUUGCGUCGCUCAACGUGCAGAUUUUGCAAAAGAUGGCCCAAAAGCUCGACACGAUCACUCGCAAAGCGACCUACGGCGCGUUUGCGCAGCGACUGGCCGCCACCGAUUUUGCCAGCUUUGACACGGCCCCACAGUUGAUGGGCGAGCUGGAGCGGCUUUACAAAGCCACGCCCGGCAUUGCAUUGUCCUCUCUUCUCCUCAAGGAGCUUGGCAACGACCAGCUCUACCUCGAGCAGUCGAACGACCUGCGUCUGAUUGUGCACGAGCUGGACAAGCAAGACCAAGCGGCAUUGGCGCACUCAAAGCGACCAUGGAAGCUGCAUUGGAUUGGCAUCGGACUGCUCGUCGGCCUCAUUCUCUUUUUCGUUCCCAUCCUGGACGACAAUCCGCCGGCGCAUCGUUGUUUGGCUCUUCUGGCCACAAUCACCAUCUUCUGGGUGUCAGAAGCCAUCCCCUUCUUUGUGACUGCGCUUGCCAUCCCUCCAAUCGUUGUGCUACUUGAAAUUCUGAACGACACUGUCGUCACCGGCGACCCUUGCAUCGCGAACAACACAACCGAAACUGUUUCCAUUCUCUCUGCCGAUGCCGCUGCCAGCCGUGUCUUUUCCUACAUGUUUGAUCAUACCUCUGCUUUGAUUCUUGGCGGCUUUUGCAUUUCUGCUGCAUUCAGCAAGUACGAGUACGAGCUUUGGGUGGCCGCCUUCAUCCAGAGACAUGUGGGCCACAAGCCAAAGCUGUUCUUGCUCUGCUUCAUGUUUCUCGGCCUGUUCCUGUCCUUGCUCAUUGGCAACGUUGCGGCUCCCAUCUUGUGCUCGGGCAUCAUGCUACCAAUCAUCCGUGAUCUGGAGCUCGGCUCGCCCUAUGCGCGGGCCAUGGUGCUUGGUCUUGCGUUUGCCUGCAACAUUGGCGGCAUGCUGACCCCCAUCUCCUCUCCUCAAAAUGCCGUUGUUGUGAGCAUCUACAAUAUCGACUUUGAUGCCUGGGUGGAGAUGUCCUUCCCAUUCUGUCUUAUUGCUACCAUCAUUGCAUGGGCAUUCUUGGUGCUCGCCCUGCGUCCCAACGAUGUCACCUCCAUUCCACGCCUGGUCUGGGAGCGAAAACCGCUGAAAAUCGACUCCAUCCUCGUUCUGGUGAUUUCCUUCGCGACAAUCAUCCUCUGGUCGACGCUCACCGUGUCCAAGCCAUUCUUUGGAGACAUGGGUGUGAUUGCAUUCCUCCCCGUGGUCGUCUUUUUCGCGACGGGCAUCUUGGACAAGCACGACUUUAACUCGUUCCAGUGGAAUUUGAUCUUCCUCAUCGGAGGCGGCGCCGCCCUCGGCCAGGCCGUCAAGAACUCCCAGCUUCUUCACAUUGUUGCUGACGCGAUUGAACCCAGUCUGGAGGGCCACAACUUGUGGGUCACCUUCCUUGCCAUCUGCGCCUUGGUGCUGAUUAUUUCGUCGUUCAUUUCGCACACGGUUGCAGCAAUCAUUUUGAUGCCUGUGAUUGUUGAGAUUGCCAAGGGUCUGGGGCAUGUGCCUGUGCUCGUGAUGGGUGCUGCCUUGAUGGAUUCGGCGUCCAUGGCGCUGCCAAUGACAUCCUUCCCCAACGUGAACGCUCUGCUGACUCAAGACGACUUUGAGCGCCCCUACAUCAAGCCAAUUGACUUUUUGAAAUACGGCGGUCCGAUGUCCAUCUUGCUUUUGGUGCUCAUGGUAUCCUUCGGUUACCUCAUUCUGUGGCUGCAGUACGUGUAGCAUUAUUCCAUGCUCAGACUGCGGCAUGUCUUGCGAGUAUUUGUCGUAGUCUUAGUGGCUACUUGUUUGUUUGCUGUUGUUUUCGUUUUUUUAGUUUUUGAUGUAAGCCUGUACUCUAUUAUUACAACCGUUCUCUUCUG